AUGCCGUCCCUUAAGCAACUACAAUCGGCUCUACUUAGCGCUUGCCUCCUCUAUUCCAACCACGUUCUUUCAUCAGGCACAGAAGUAGAGACGAGGCCCUUAGACGAGAUCUACCAAAGUGCAAAAAAAGAAAGCGGCACAUUAAAUGUAUACUUUGGAGGCAGCUCUCAAGCGGCUGCUGCCCCAAUGCUAAAUGCAUUUCGCCAAAAGUUUCCAGAUGUUGCCAUUAAUAUUACAGCAGAUCUGUCGAAAUAUGCUGAUUCACGCAUCGAUCGGAGCUAUAUAGAAGGCAAACCAUUUGUUGACGUGGCCCUAUUGCAGACGGUAGAUGACUUUCCUCGAUGGGAUAAGCAACAGCGGCUUUUGCAUUAUAAGCCAGCUAACUUCAGCGAUAUCAACCUGGCCAUUAAACAUAUUGAUGGAGCUUAUUUACCCGUCAACUACAAUCAAUUUGGUCCCUUCUACUACGACUCUACCAUUGUCCCAGAAGAUCGGGUGCCAAAGACUUAUGCUGAUGUUCUAGACCCCUUUUGGAAAAGCAAACUUGUUCUUACUUAUCCUAACGACGAUGAUGGCGUUUUGUAUUUGUUUUCACUCAUCAUUGAGCGGUAUGGUUUCCAGUGGCUGGAUUCACUUUUGCAGCAAGACGUCAUGUGGGUGCGUGGUGCUGCAGCUGCUUCUGGUGCAAUUAUUGACAGCCAUUCAUCUGGCAAUGGCUCGAGAGUCUUGACUUUCUCUGCGCUUGGAGGAUUUACUCCGUCAACAUCCUUCCUUCAAGUUCGUCAGCCUGAUGCACCAGACCAGUUCAUGACCUGGGCCCAGCAGGCGGCAAUCUUUGCCUCAACACCUCGCCCAGAGAGCUCCAAGCUGUUCUUGUCUUUCCUGUUGAGCACUGAAUGGCAGUCAUCUCUUACAACAUCCGGAGCACCAUCAGUUCGGACUUCAUUGACUGGUACAAACAAUGUGUUCAUGGUUAAUAAUACCCAGCCCAGCGGGUAUAUCACCUUUAUGAGCAGACGGGAUGAUGUCGAAUGGUGGCGAAUGCAAAUGGAAACAUAUAUUGGGCUGGCCAAAGGGCCUGACCCUGCAUUCUCAUGA